CCCCCCUCGCCCAUCCUCCCGCGGUUUCCGUCGCUCCAGUUGCACGGACUCUACGUGGUCGGAUAGACGCCGUCUUUCUGGAUGUGCCGAGUCCCUGGCUGGCCAUUCCCCUGGCCGCAGCAGUCUUGAAGGCGAACGCGCGCAUCGCCACGUAUUCGCCAUGUUUCGAGCAGGUUUUCAAGACUUGCGAGGCCCUGCGGGAGCAUAACUUUCAUUCCAUUCGCACCAUGGAGGUACGGCACAAGCAGUUUGAGCUCAGGCGGACGUGCAUGCCGCAUUUGGAUUUCGGGGACGGGGAUAGCGUCGGGGUGGGGGAG